AUCAUCUUCUAUAUAAGCAAAGCAGCUCAAAUCAAAACCAUAUACAUUCUUUAAUUAAUUUAUAUUAUACACUUAGCUUCUAAUUACGGUCUACUUUUCAAUCUUUGUUAGUUCUUUCGCCUAUUUUUUUCGUUACAAGGAGAAGAACUAUUUUUUUCCAGCGAACGGGACAAAACUACGUCUAAUGUAACUAAGCCCCGACCAGGCCGUAUUAAAAAAACGUACCAUGGCCACUCCAUGUAUUGUUCGACCAAUUGUCAAUUUCUCCCCUAGUCUAUGAGGAGAUCGCUUCUAUUCAUUCUCCAUCGACAAUCAGAUUGCACAAGGAUAUGAAAAAGAGAUUGAAAAUUUGAAGGACCAAACCAGGAAUAUGUUGUUUCAUGCCUCAACAACUUGCAACACUGCUGAAAUCCUCAAAUUCAUUGAUGUCCUGGAACGACUGGGAAUAGCAUAUCACUUUGAGAAAGAGAUUGAAGAUCAACUACACCUUAUCUAUACUGCCCAAGAAAAGGCAAAUGAUGAUGAAUUGGAAAUUGCUGCUCUUAAGUUUCGCUUAUUGAGGCAACAUGGUUUCAAGAUUUCCUCCGAUGUUUUUAGUAGCUUUGUGGACACUAACAACAAAUUCAAAGACACGUCCAAUGUCAAGGAUCUGUUAAGCUUGUACGAAGCCUCAUUCAUAAGACCUUUUAGAAGACGCCCUUUCUUUCGCAACCACUCGACUUCAAGGCGCGGCUUCACAUAUGCAAUCCUCCACCACUCUAGAAAAACUUGUGUUGCACGCCCUCGAACAACCGCUGCACACAGGAAUGCCAAGAAUCGAAACACAUUUUUUCAUUUCAAUCUAUCAGCAAGCAGAUGAUUCACUCAGAAAUGACAUGUUGCUGCACUUUGCCAAGUUGGAUUUUAAUUUUCUCCAGAUGUCAGGGGCGGAGCUAUGCCCAGGGGUAGGGGGGCCAUUGCCCCUCCCAACAUUUUAAGUUUUUUAUAUUAGUAUUAUUUAUUAGUAAAACUUUUGUACUAGCAACUAGCAAGCAAUCAACGUUUGAGUAUCUCGUUUUGGACUAAAAAGCUGCUAACAAUGUUUAUAGUGAUAACCAAAACUCCAAAAGGAUAACAACACGCCAACACCUAAUUUGGACUAAUAAAAUUGUAAUGACAGUUACAGUAUGACUAUAAAAAGUUCAAUGAGUG